UGGCGACUAGUGCCAUGAGUGCCAUCUCAAAGUUGGCUCUGCUAGUUUGUGCGGUCCUGACAACCAAAUUCAAUUUAGGGGCCUCUGUUUCUUCUCCCGGGAACAUCUUCAUUCUCGCCGGACAGAGCAACAUGGCCGGGAGAGGCGGCGUCACCGGCGCCAAGUGGGAUGGCAACGUUCCUCCGGAGUGCACACCGAACCAGUCGAUUCUCAGACUGAGUGCUCAACUCGUGUGGGAACAAGCACGAGAGCCACUCCACGCUGACAUUGAUAUAGGCAAGACGUGUGGAGUAGGUCCAGGAAUGGCUUUUGCCAAUGAGGUCCUGCGAGCCAAAGGCUCCUCCAUCGGAGUUUUGGGUCUGGUUCCUUGCGCUGUGGGGGGAACUAACAUCGGCCAGUGGGCUCGAGGUGGUCAGUUGUAUACUCAGUUGGUUAGACGAGCCAGUGAGUCGGUGAAGGCAGGUGGAACUAUCAGAGCAGUUCUAUGGUACCAAGGAGAGAGCGACACUGUUAAUAGAGCCGAUGCUGAAGCGUAUAAAGGCAACUUCGAGAGGCUUGUAUCUGAUCUACGUUUCGAUCUCAGAAACCCUAACCUUCCUAUUAUACAGGUAGCACUGGCAUCAGGAGAAGGCCAGUUCGUAGAUAUAGUGAGGAAGGCACAGCUGGGAAUGACGUUGCCUAAUGUGAAAUGUAUCGAUGCUAAAGGGUUGCCUCUGAAACCGGAUAAUCUCCAUCUUACUACCAUGUCGGAGGUCCACCUGGGGAUCAAGCUAGCCAAUGCUUUUCUGGCUUCUUAUAGUCAUCAGUUUUAAACUUUCCAUACAAAUGUAACCAAAUUGUGACAAUGUACACCUGCUUGGAACUUCUUACAGUUCCUUCGCUUAUUCAUAAUUUAUAAAAACUUAA